GUUUCAGGUGAAAAUGUUUUCACCGCUCGAGUGUCGUCUUGCUGUUGCUUGUAAAUUCCAAGAUGAUCGAUAUUAUAAGCUUUUUCACCAAUAUUUUGAUCUACUGGCCCAAGUUCACUCUGUUGUCGAAACAAUGGACGGUUUAUGGAUGCUGAGAGUGUGGAGGGCUCAAAAAUUCGGACCAGAAAGCAUCAAAGAGAGACGAGAAAGACAACUAUUUCACGUUACUCAAUUUUCCUUCAAACGUUACAUCGUUCCGCCGAAUCCGCGUAUUGGAAAAGCCAUUGAAGAAUUUGGGAAAGAAUAUCUGAUUGAGAUCAAUGUUUACGACGAGCAUCGAGCUGAUUUAGUGAGUCUAAAUUCCGGUAAUUUCGUGGCUAUUCAAAAUGUGCACGCAGCGUCCACACCACAUAGAGAAAUUCAAAUUCUUCACGGCGGCGGUGAGGCAUAUCAACGUGGAAUCUCGACAGUUCCAGUCGACUUCGAAGUUGAUGCUUUUCAAAAUUUCAAGAGAAAGGUGGAAUCUGUGCUGGAAAAUGUUUUGUACGAUGAAAAUUUCAUCGAGUUCCAACAGCCGGAAGAAGUUACUGAAAAUCGUGUUCCUGAAGAGCCUCAAUUGAACAUCCACAAGGACCCUUUGCCGAGUGAUCUUCCACAAUAAAGGAACACCGAAAGCGUGGCGGUUCGUCUAAAUAUCGUUUUCUUUUUUUUCUGUAAUUUUCGGUUCAAACCGGUGUAUCUCACAUGUUUGUUUUUGGUUUUUAAUAUAUUUAUUGUGUUGUUAACGAUUGUUCGGAAUGCAGUAUUUUUUAAAAUUCUUCAG